UUUAUUUUUUUCUAAAAACUGUUUUUGUGCCCUCUCCCCACUCCCUCACUUGUGCAGAUUUCUUUGAAUUCUAUCAGAAAUUAGGCCAGUACUCUGCCUUAUUCGAAGAGCAUCUGCGCGUCUCCUUUUUCUACUUUUGGGUUCAGGUUAUUUGCAAUAGUCAUGAUUGAUAAACAAAUUGACAGUAAAGAUGUGGAAGCUCUGCAGAAUGAAGAUGAGAGUAGAUCUCUUCAAAUAAAGUUUCUGUUUUUCGCCCGUGCUAGAGAUUUGACUGGCAUGUCUGAAAUGCCAUUGGAAGUUUCUUAUGGUAGUACCGCCGGUGAUUGCUUGAAUAAGGUCAUUUCUCACUUCCCACGCUUGGAAGAGAUUCGUGGGUGCAUGCUUCUUGCCCGGAAUGAGGAAUACACAGUUGAGUCCACCACUGUCAAAGAUGGAGAUGAAUUGGCCAUUAUACCUCCUAUUAGUGGAGGCUAACUCAGUUUCUCUACUGCAAAUAUAGGGAAGUCGAACUCUGUUGUACUUGUAUUUAUGUAACCAUUUUACUAAGUUGUGUUGUUUUUCCCCCUAAUAAUUCAAGAACAAAAUUCUCUCACUGUAUGUUUUGGUUAAAUCAUUGAAUCUGCAAUGUAUGGAA